AUCCUAGUAUUUAACAUGGACGGUAUCCCAAACAAAGGAGGAAAAAUCAUGGACAAAGCAUGCUUACUAAUGAGAAUGACAAAUAAUGAAGGAGAUUACCAUGACAAACAAUGCAAACUCUUAGUUGCCAACCUAGGAGGAGAAUAUGUCAUUCUAGGAAUGGACUGGCUAUACAAGCACAACCCACGGAUCAAUUGG